AUGAAGCGAAUAAAUGAGAAAUGUUCAAAUGACUCCGAUAGCAAUGAAGAUUUUGUCGAUUCUCGGUUUAAAGUGCUUCAUGAAAAUGAUGGCAGACUUCUAUUGAGAAAUGAAGAUGGAUCUGAUUUGGUGCAGCUUGCAUCUCAAGUAAGAAAGCAAGAUAAGAAAGUUUGGAACGAAUUGAAACCUGUGGGUGAGAUGACUGGCGAGAAUUCUAAGCAAACCGAAGUCAAUCAAAAACCACAGAGAAUUAGAGUUAAACCGACCAGAUUAAACGAAUAUAAAAUGGCCGAUGACGAUAGAAAUGAACUAGAAAACGAGAUAAAUUCAGGAGACAAACCGAUAAUACCGUCAGAAAGCGGAGAAAGGGUUGGAAAUGAAGAAGAUGCAUCGGAUACAGUUGAAGACACAACUGUUUUUACAUCGACACGAGUUAAACCGAAUUAUUAUCACGAAGUAACAAAUCGUUCGCUCGAGGAAAUGAGUCGAACUAUGGAGAAAUCGACUUUGGCAUUGACAAUGGCUUCAAUAAAAAUCGAGCCAUGUGUUCCAUUACCCGGUGAAACAGAAAUUUCGAUGCUCAGCUAUAAUCGCUGGAAAGAUAUGUUAUUGGCAACUGGUAAUACACUUCUUGAUGUUCUUGACGGUUUAAGCUUAGAUUUGCCAUCAACAUCGUCAAAUAAUCCAUUUUCUGACGCUUUAAAGAAUCUGGAUGAACAUUUUAUGUCUUCACAGAAUAAGAUUCUGCAAAUCGUUAACUUCCGUUCAGCUAAACAAGGAACUCAGGAGACGCCAGGCAAAUACUUGUCGCGUAUGCUUCGUUGUGCUCGACACAGCGGAUUAAUCGGUGAAAAUUUAGAACGAGAACUGAUUAUAACAAUCGCAGCAAAUACUUCAGAUACCGAUUUACAAAAGAAAGCUUUAGAGGCCGGAUGUACAUUUCAAAAGUUAAAAGAAUUUGCAAGUGCAUUGGAACUGGUUAAGAGUCUUAAUAGCAAGCGAUUGAUUAAACAAGGAGAAAUAAACGACGUCGAAGUAAAUGCAAUUUCCUCGGAUCAAAUACGAGCAUCACGAUCAAAGCAACAAGACUAUCGUUUCGUAAACCGUUCGAGUAAAGCUAAGGACAAUUUGCGUGUAAAUAAGGAAUGUUCUCGGUGUGGCUAUAGCAAUCAUAACAGUAUGAAUUGUCCUAACAUAAAUAAAACAUGUAAUAAGUGCAACCGUACUGGACAUUUCGCAAAAAUGUGUCGUUCACGUCCACAAAUGAAGAGAGUUCAUUCAGUUGAACCUGCAAUGUCCUCGAAGAAAGCUGAAGCGAAUAAAUGA